GCUUUGCACACUCUUGGCAUUCUCUCAACCAGCUUCAUGAGGUAGUCACCUGGAAUGCAUUUCAAUUAACAGGUGUGCCUUGUUAAAAGUUAAUUUGUGGAAUUUCUUUCCUUCUUAAUGCGUUUGAGCCAAUCAGUUGUUUUGUGACAAGGUAAGGGUGGUAUAAAGAAGAUGCCCUACCAAGUCCAUAUUAUGGCAAGAACAGCUCAAAUAAGCAAAGAGAAAUUACAGUCCAUCAUUACUUUAAGACAUGAACGUCAGUCAAUCCAGUAAAUUUCAAGAACGUUGAAAGUUUCUUCAAGUGCAGUCGCAAAAACCAUCAAGCACUGUGAUGAAACUGGGUCUCAUGAGGACUGCCACAGGAAGCCCCAGAGUUAGCUCUGCUGCAGAGGAUAAGUUCAUUAGAGUUACCAGCCUCAGAAAUUGCAGCCCAAAUAAAUGCUUCACAGAGUUCAAGUAACAGACACAUCUCAACAUCAACUGUUCAGAGGAGACUGUGUGAAUCAGGCCGUCAUGGUCGAAUUGCUGCAAAGACGCCACUACUAAAGGACACCAAUAAGAAGAAGAGACUUGCUUGGGCCAAGAAACACGAGCAAUAGACAUUAGACUGGUGGAAAUAUGUCCUUUUGUCUGAUGUCCAAAUUUGAGAUUUUUGUGAGACGCAGAGUAGGUGAACGUAUGAUCUCCACAUGUGUGGUUCUCAAUGUGAAGCAUGGAGGAGGAGGUGUGGGGGUGCUUUGCUGGUGACACUGUCAGUGAUUUAUUUAGAAUUCAAGGCACACUUAACCAGCAUUGCUACCACAGCAUUCUGCAGCGAUACGCCAUCCCAUCUGGUUUGUGCUUAGUGGGACUAUCAUUUGUUUUUCAACAGGACAAUAACCCAACACACCUCCAGGCUGUGUAAGGGCUAUUCGACCGAGGAGAGAGAUGGAGUGUUGCAUCAGAUGACGUGGCCUCCACAAUCACCCGACCUCAACCCAAAUGAGAUGGUUUGGGAUGAGUUGGACCACAGAGUGAAGGAAAAGCAGCCAACAAGUGCUCAGCAAAUGUGGGAACUCCUUCAAGACUGUUGGAAAAGCAUUGCUCAUGAAGCUGGUUGAGAGAAUGCCAAGAGUAUGCAAAGCUGUCAUCAAGGCAAAGGGUGGCUACUUUGAAAAAUCUCAAAUAUCAAAUAUAUUUUCAUGUUUCAUUUUUUGUGUAUGGGUUUUUAAAUAUGGGUUAGUAGGACAAACUAGCCUACAGCAUCGUAUGAUCCAACAACAUGAUUACAUUGAUACAGUACAUUGCGGUUACAUUGCGGUUGCGGUUUAGACAUACUAUAGAUCACCAUCACAAAGCAAGCCAGCCAGAGGCUUCCCAAUUGAUUAGCAGGGUCUGUUUGUUUUCUGUGUGGGGACGGUGGAGGUUUGUUUGGUAAGGAAAGGAAGAGCAGCCCAUCUUCCUGUCACUCCACGCACAGCUGCACACAGCCAGGGAGGGAGAGCAAGGCAAGGCAACACAAGGAGAGCUUAGCUCUUCCUCUGGGACCUGCCUCUCCAUAGGGGAGCUAGGGGAUAGAGGGAUUUUCUGCUGCCCAUGUUAGUGAAUGAGGGGCCGUGUGAACGGAUGAAAAAUAAGAAGGGACUUGUUUUUGGGGUUUUGUUUUUCCUGGCAUCGAGCAUGCCUUAUUGGCACCGUCUGCCCAGUAGUACCUGUUUGUGGAUAAAGAUAUACAACCUCCAGGAGGGCAGUGUGUACGUUCAUGCCCCAGCUGUAGCACUGUCAGCUCCCCUCAGUGAAGCAUGGGAAUGGGGCUGGCCUGCUGUAAGCCCACCGGGCUCAAACAGGAACACCUGCAAGGUGGUCCAGGAGGAGAAAAGGACCGUGCUGCGCUCAGUCAUGAGGCCUUUCUGCUCAUGGCCAACUCUCAGAGUGACAUGGAUGACUGGGUCAAGGCCAUAAGACGGGUCAUCUGGGCACCCUUUGGAGGAGGGAUAUUUGGCCAGCAUUUAGAAGACACCGUCCAGUAUGAGAAGAAAUUUGGGCACCGCCUGGCACCUCUUCUGGUGGAGCAGUGUGUGGACUUCAUAAAGGAACGAGGUCUGGAUGAGGAGGGCCUCUUUCGAAUGCCAGGGCAGGCUAACCUGGUAAAGGAUCUACAGGAAGCCUUUGACUGUGGGGAUAAGCCUCUGUUUGACAGUAACACUGACGUCCACACGGUGGCAUCCCUGCUGAAGCUCUACCUCCGUGAACUGCCUGAGCCUGUGGUCCCUUUCUCCAAGUAUGAGGACUUCCUCUCCUGUGCUCAGCUGCUGGCCAAAGACGUGGAGGAGGGUGUACAGGAGCUGAGCAAGCAAGUGAGCAAUCUUCCUCCCGCCAACUACAAUCUCCUGAAGUAUAUAUGCAUGUUUCUUGACGAGGUCCAGUCUCACGCAAACAAAAACAAGAUGAGUGUACAGAACCUGGCCACAGUAUUUGGACCAAAUAUCCUCCGACCCAAAAUGGAGGACCCAGUGGCUAUUAUGGAAGGGACCUCCCUAGUCCAAAGCCUCAUGACCGUACUGAUCAGUGAACAUAACCGUCUGUACUCGGGGAGGGGGGAGCUGGAGGUCCCUGUUCCCCAGCCAGAGGUGACCCUCCAGGGCCAACGGCUCCAGCAGCACAGCAUCGGUGGCUGGAUCUCUGAGGAGGACCUCCAGAACUGCCCCACCAACCCCAACGAGGACCUCGCCUGCAGCAGCGCCUCUUCUCUGGACGCAAAGCUCUGUGCUGCCACCACCCCUCCACCUAGACUAGCUCCUUCAGGGAAGGGGGAGACGGUGGUCAGCCCCAGCAAGCAGACCAAGAACCUUCCCUCCUGGAAGUACUCUUUCAAGGGCACCUCAACGCCACGGCCCCCUCCUCAGGUCGACGUCACCACCGUGUCCCCCAGUGGCAACUGGCUGAUGAACGGGCUGUCCUCUCUGAGGAGCCACAGGCGCACCUCCUCGGGGGAGCGUGUCAGGGACUCCACUGGCUUUUCCCAGAGACUGUCCACUUACGACAACGUCACAUCUUCCUCCAGCAUGGGCAGUGGCCCUAGUGUAGCCAGCACGCCUUGGUCUACCUCCUCCUGUGACAUCUCCGCAUCCGACUCAGGCAGCGAGCCCUCAGGGCCUAACUGUGGUAAUGGGAAGGGUCUAGAGGAGUGCCAAUGGCAGGAGCUAGCCUCACCCCAGGGCCCGGGCCAGGGUCAGAGGGGAGGCCGGGUGGAGGAGAGAGUUGGAGAUAGGGUCUCAGAGCAAGAGCAGGACAGUAGUGAAGCCAUGGAACUGUGUGUUAGCAGUGCAGGCUGCAGUGACAACGGGAACACCAUAGCCAAUAUGGUGGUGCCGUCCAUCGUGACGCCAGAAGACCAUGAUGGCGGUUCCAAAGCACUUACCAGCCUGGUGGAGGGUCUGAAGGAUGAGCUGAGGAAACAGAAGGUGGCCUACGAGACCAGGAUCAAAAAGCUGGAGGAGUCCAGUGCGGAGCUGUGUGCUCAGAUGGAGCGUCUGGAGCAGGAGAUGGAGCAGGAGAGAAAAAAGCAGCGGAUGCUGGAGAUCAAGCUCCGCAACUCAGAGCGAGCCCGUCACGACGCAGAGAACAGGAACCGGCUCCUGGAGAAGGAAAUGGAGGACUUCUUCUCCACUCUGGGGGACCUGGCUCUGGGAGCAAGGACUAGUGACAUUUAAUAGCCCUGGUUAUAGACCUCUAUAGUCUCUUCCCACAGCCGAGUGCCAUGAGUCUGGCAAGCAAGACUGACAACUACAUGGACUCAGUGAAUAAUACUGCAUGUUGUCCAACGCAGGCAGCUGCGUCUCUCAAUGUUUCCUCAGGCCUCAAAGUGUGCCUAUGACUACCAUGAGUAUCUAUCUGGAUGGAAUUCCGUGUCGUUUGGUGACAAAGCCUCGGUCCUUGGUUUACUCUGGUCAACUCUGUCAGUAUAUUUUUAAUGUAAAGCAAAGGGUUUCAACUGCUACCAUUAUGACUAUACAAUAAUCCCUGCUGUGUUAAUCAUAUGCUGCCUACAACAGUACACAAUAUGCAAAUACAACAUUACCAAAGCUGGACUCUGCUAAGGACCAGGGUUGAAGCCGCCAUGUUGGUUUGGGGCACAUGAAGCUGACUACUGCCCUCAAAGGAACAAUGAAGAAGUGUGCUGGCUGUGCCUUUGCAGUCUUUUUGAAUUUGAUAAAAGAAAAUGUUGCGUGCUUGUCCAGAGGUGUAGUUAGUCAAUUACUGUCAAUAAUACUCACAUGGUACAUGUAUUGCUUAACUUUAUCACUACUCCAAAUUUGUUGAAGAGCCACAUGACAUCCUCAGAGUCACUUGCAGUAUGACGAAAAUCGUGGAGGUGCUUAAAGAUGGUGGCCCCCAUGUACUUGCCGCAAAUACCUCGUUUGAUAAGUUUGCUGUAUUGCUCUCCUGUACUCCAGUGUUGUCGUUAGCACAGUAUACAUGAUCCCAAUUCUAGUUCCAAGACGCCGGCGAUUUAAAAACAAAGUAUAAUGUUCUGAUUUAUUGGCGUGUUGAACCAUGUCGCAGGCUGUAGCGGUAAAACAAUGAAGUCAAACCUGAAUUCUGACAUCUUUAUGCACCGCCAUUCAUUGAACAUUUUGAAAAAUGGUGUAUACUUUAGUGAAUGUAACUGUGUUGUUGAUCAAGCCAGCCCUGUAAAUUGAGCCUAAACUAAUUCUUAAAACAUUGAUAUAGAUUUGAAUGGAUAACAACUAUAUACAUUUCCCAGAACAUUCUCAUGUGAGUGUUGCAUGUGGUGAAACUUGAUAGAAUCCCCUUUUUCAGCAAAUGAUUACUGCUACUGCAUAGAAAUGUCUUGAGGCUUGAACACGAAACAUGAUUUGGUUCUUGAAGACCACUAUAAGCAGUAUAAUAAUGUGCAUUCAUUAAGGUAAUGUGACUAUUUUUUGUUUUUACAUUUUAUACAGACUCUUUUCAUAUGCUAAUGUUUACGAGGUGGUGUUUUGAAAGACAACCGUUAUAGACAAGCAUCUAGUGUUCGCCCUGUCGAUGAUUGCAGUUGAAAUGUGUAUCUCUUAAAACAAACUUAGGCUGAAUGUUUCUUAUGUCUUUGAUUAAGAUUUAAGUUGCUUAUUUAUUAUGAAUCUACACACUUGUAAUGAAUGGCAUUAUGGCAAUCUAAGUAAAUAAAGAUGACAGGUGUCAUUUCGUGACUGAUACCUUA